UUCAUUUGGCUCUCUCUCUCUACAAUAGUCUGGUGGAAGAAAUAGCGGAGAGCAAUGGGAUCAGCGUUCGGUUCGAGUUCAAAGAGCAAAGAAGAAAAAGAAACGGCUCUUUCCAAGGUCAAGGAGAUCGUUACCUCUUCCCCUGUCGUCGUCUUCAGUAAAACUUACUGUGGAUAUUGCAACCAGGUCAAGAAACUGCUCUCCCAGCUAGGUGCAAGUUACAAGGUCAUUGAAUUGAAUGUGGAAAGUGAGUAUAUGCUUAUUAAUUUCUGUUAUUACAACAAUUGAUACUAUCUUGUUUCA